UAACUUUCCCGCGACAUGCGAGAUGCCGCCGCCCUGGACCUGGAGCCCCACGCCGGGCCGCCGCGGACGGCGCUGGCCGCCGCCGCCGACCACUGCGCGCGCCUCCUGCGUCUCUGCGGCGCGGCCGCCAACCCGGGCGCCGGGCGCGCCGUCCACGCGCGCGCCGUCAAGGUCGGCCUCCUCGCCAGCGCCUACCUCUGCAACAACCUCCUCUCCUACUACGCCGCCGCCGGAGGAGGCGGCGGCCUCCGGGAGGCGCGGCGCCUGUUCGACGAGGUCCCCGCGGCGCGGCGGAACGUGUUCACGUGGAACUCGCUGCUGUCGGCCUACGCCAAGUCGGGCCGCCUGGCCGACGCGCGCGCCGUGUUCGCGGAAAUGCCCGAGCGCGACGCCGUGUCGUGGACCGUCAUGGUCGUGGGGCUCAACCGCGCCCGCCGCUUCUGGGAGGCCGUCGAGGCGUUCCUGGACAUGGUUGGGGACGGGCUGGCGCCGACGCAGUUCACGCUCACGAACGUGCUCUCCUCGUGCGCGGCCGUGGAGGCUGGCGGGGCCGGGAGGAGGGUGCACUCCUUCGUCGUCAAGCUCGGCCUGGGCGGCUGCGUGCCUGUGGCCAACUCGGUGCUCAACAUGUACGGCAAGUGCGGGGACGCCGAGACGGCGAGGGCCGUGUUUGAAAGGAUGCCGCUGCGGAGCGUGUCGAGCUGGAACGCCAUGGUGUCGCUGGACGCGCGUCUGGGGAGGAUGGACCUUGCCGUGUCCUUGUUCGAGACCAUGCCGGACCGGACCAUCGUCUCAUGGAACGCAAUCAUCACGGGGUACAACCAGAACGGGCUUGACGCCAAGGCAUUGCGGUUCUUCUCGCGGAUGCUGCGGGAUUCUUCUUCCAUGGUGCCGGAUGAAUUCACAAUCACCAGUGUACUGUCAGCCUGCGCCAACCUUCGUAUGGUGAGCAUAGGAAAGCAGGUGCACGCAUACAUCUUGACAAGCGGAAUGCCGUGUGUCGGUCAGGUCACCAAUGCGCUCAUCUCAAUGUAUGCCAAGUCCGGCAGUGUCGAGAAUGCCAGGGGGGUGAUGGACCAGGCAGUGGUGGCCGAUCUGAAUGUGAUAUCCUUCACUGCUCUCCUGGAAGGCUAUGUUAAGCUUGGCGAUAUGAAGCGUGCAAGGGAGAUCUUCGAUGUUAUGAGUGAUCGAGAUGUCGUCGCCUGGACUGCGAUGAUCGUCGGCUACGAGCAGAAUGGUCACAACGACGAGGCUAUGGAGCUCUUCAGGUCAAUGAUCAGAAGCGGACCAGACCCAAACAGCUAUACUCUUGCUGCUGUUCUUAGCGUCUGCGCGAGCCUGGCGUGCCUUGACUACGGCAAGCAGAUCCACUGCAAGGCCAUCAGGUCACUGCAGGAGCAAUCCAGCUCCGUCAGCAACGCCAUCGUCACCAUGUACGCAAGGUCAGGCAGCCUGCCAUUGGCCAGGAGGGUGUUUGGUCAGGUCCGCUGGCGCAAGGAGACGGUGACAUGGACGUCGAUGAUCGUAGCCUUGGCGCAGCAUGGCCUGGGAGAAGAUGCCGUUGGCCUGUUUGAAGAAAUGCUUCGUGUCGGCGUGGAGCCGGACCGGAUAACCUAUGUGGGCGUGUUCUCGGCGUGCACCCACGCCGGCUUUGUAGACCAAGGGAGGAUGUACUACCAGCAGAUGCAGGACAAGCACAGCAUUGCGCCUGAGAUGAGCCACUACGCGUGCAUGGUCGACCUGCUCGCCCGCAGCGGUCUGCUCUCCGAGGCUCAGGAGUUCAUCCGGCAGAUGCCAGUGGAGCCCGACGCGAUAGCCUGGGGGGCACUUCUCUCAGCCUGCAGAGUGCACAAGAACGCAGAGCUGGCGGAGCUCGCGGCGGAGAAGCUGUUGUCGAUCGACCCUGGCAACAGCGGUGCCUACUCGGCCCUCUGCAAUGUCUACGCCGCCUGCGGGAGGUGGGGCGACGCGGCGAAGACCUGGAAGCGGAGGAAGGACGGGGCUGUGAGGAAGGAGACGGGGUUCAGCUGGACGCACGUGCGUGGCAGGGUCCAUGUCUUUGGGGCGGACGACACCCUGCACCCGCAGAGGGAGGCUGUCUACAGGAUGGCUGCCAAGACGUGGCAGGAUAUCAAGAAGGCAGGCUUCAUCCCGGACCUCCAGUCGGUCCUGCACGACGUCGACGACGAGCUCAAGGAGGAGAUGCUGAGCCGGCACAGCGAGAAGCUCGCCAUCGCGUUCGGCCUCCUGGCCACGCCGGAGGGCAUGACGCUGCGGGUCAUGAAGAACCUGCGGGUGUGCAACGACUGCCAUACGGCGAUCAAGUUCAUCUCCAAGGUCGCGGACAGGGAGAUCAUCCUUCGGGAUGCCACCAGGUUCCACCAUUUCAGGGAUGGGCUGUGCUCGUGCAAAGAUUAUUGGUAGGAGGAAUUUUUGGUUCCCAGGGAAGGAGGAAUUUUUGUUUGUUGGUUCAUUCUGGCAGAUCUAACCGACGGGUCUAUGGUGCAUACAUAUCAGCACUCUGCGGUAUUCCAGAUGGAUCACCUGGCCCAAAUGGGUUCCGGCUAAAUUUUACCAAAAAUUCUGGGAACUCAUCAAGUGGGAUUUGAAAUCUUUGCUUGAUGACUUUCAUAGUGGACAAAUAGAUAUCUCUAGGCUUAGUUAUGGCUUAGUUACCUUGAUCCCAAAAUGCAAGGAUGCUAAAGGAAUACAAAAGUUUAGACCCGCUUGUCUCCUCAAGAUGUUCUGAAGAAUGGAUGGUACUAUGUUAAAUUUAGAAGAACCUUAUGUGGGGGGUGAUACUCCGACUCUUUGGGAGAGUAUUCAGGAACCUUGUGCAGAAACAGACCUUGCUGAUUGUGAUGGCGUGGAGAUGGUUUCUGUUAGUUACUGUGGCUCCUGGCAUGGAAUAUAAUGAAAUGCGCAUUUGGCUUUGGCCAAGUUUCUGAUGCUGUGAGUGAACUCUUUGGUUCCUGGCUCCCCAGUUUUAAGAAGCAUGAAAGGAAGUUGAUUGUGGCUGCUUGAGGUGGCGUCCAUUUUGUGGACGAUUUGGAAAUGCUGGGAUCGUGCUUGCUUUGAGAAUGAGAUUGGUGAUCCUGAUGUGGUGGUCCAUCUAGUUGAAUACUGGCUUAACUCAUGGUUUAUUUUGCAGAUAAAACAGGUGAAUCGCGAGGCGCUGACCUGGGGAGUAGCGCUAUUCGAGCAAAUAGCAAAUGAGGUGCCUGGUUGAUGCAUUCUACUGCUGGGACUUCACAAGAAGGAUGGGAGAUUUAAAUGCAGCCUCUUGCAUCUUUUGUUCACUUUGCUCGCAGUUUUUCAUCGGGUCUGUAACAAAUGUCUGCUGCUGUUUUGCGCCCAGUCCAGGGUUGUGGGAUUUGUUUUGCCUCCAAGUGCUAAAAAGACAUUGGGUUUCAUGCUAGUAAGCGUGCACGUAUAAUCGCAGGAAUUCUUUCAAUA